AAUCCUAGGUAGCUUUCUUUGUUUUUCUUUGUUUCACUGUGGAGAAGAUUUUUUUUAUUAUUUCUUUGGCAGGGGGAUUUCCCUGUGUUAUCGGCCUAUUUGUUAUCUGUAGGCCUUUCAGAUGCUGUUUUUAUUUUCAUUUUAUGUAGGCCUACUCAUUCCCUGUGUGUCAGUCUGCAGAGGUCUUCGAAAGUAAGAAGCUUCCAACUCAUUUAAAAGUGCAAAGCAUCUCUGCCAAGUGUUUUAAAAGUGCUCUUGCUCCACCUACUGGUAGAUCUUGUUGGCCUGUCUUUGGUGAAUAAUGGAGAAAUCCGAUCUGUAAUGUGAGACAGAUGUAACAGAUCGCCUAGCGAGGAAACUCCUUGGUCCUAAUUUGUUUCACUAGAGAAUGUAUUCUUUUGCUUGAGUAUUUUAUCUGAGUUCUUGUUAAACGAGUCCAAAUUUGAUAAAGUAGUCCUGGUUUGGAGCAUCAGGUUAGUGUAAAGUAAAGCUGUCAGUUAACCCAUAGGUUUUAAAGGAUGCGGUUGCCAUAGACGCCACUUCAUUCGCGCAUUUUGGCCCCUGUGUCCAGGAAAUGCCUAGCGGUAGGCAUAUCAUCUGUCAGCGGAGCCAUUCUUCACGCUGGAGAGCUACAAGUGCAGAGGAGAGGAGUUUUUUGAGUUUUCUUAUCUUUACGAGAACUGUUAGGCGAUAAGUUGUGCACGUAACAUAAUGUGGAAAUCCGACUUACCACCCAGUUAUGAGGAAUCAAGGAAUCACCAGUACAGCCAUCAGCAUGGCACACACCCUCAGCCUCCAGGAUAUGGGUACCCUGCCUAUGGAGUUCAACCCCAGCCAGGAAUGCCCUAUCCCGGCCAGCCACAGUCUGGGAUAAGGCAGGGGCCUGGCUAUCCAUCGUCCGGUUUUCCAUCCAUCAUUCCGACAUUUUUGUCUUCGCCAUUGCCCAACACCAACACCAGUCAUAACAUGGGAGACACAGAGGGUUUUGCCUCGGGUGUUUGGGAUAGCAGAGCAGUUCGCCAUGCAUUCAUACGGAAAGUCUACUUGAUUUUAGCAGCUCAACUGAUUUUCACCGUCUCCAUUGUGGCAGUGUUUGUUUUUGUUCAUCCUGUUCGCCUGUUUGUGGUCCAAAAUCCAGGCGUGUAUUGGGCAUCAUUUGCUAUUUACUUUGUGACCUACCUGGUUCUGGUAUGCUGUGAAGGGCCCAGGAGACGCUUUCCAUGGAAUUUGAUCCUCCUCUCAGUUUUUACACUUGCCAUGUCUUACAUGACAGGAACAAUAUCAAGUUACUAUGACACCAAGGCAGUGUUUCUGGCUCUCAUAAUAACCGCCAUAGUGUGCGUAAUUGUCACCAUCUUCUGUUUUCAGACCAAGGUGGAUUUCACAUCUUGUACUGGGCUCUUCUUUGUCCUUGGUAUGGUUGUACUGGUCACUGGAAUCAUCACAUCUAUCGUGCUUUCAUUCCAAUAUGUACCCUGGCUUCACAUGCUGUAUGCAUCGAUUGGAGCCGUAGUCUACACACUGUUCUUGGCGUACCACACCCAGCUGCUAAUGGGAAACCGAUCCAACACGAUCAGCCCCGAGGACUAUAUCUUUGGAGCGUUGUCCCUCUAUGUGGACAUUGUCCAGAUCUUUCUUUUUCUUUUACAACUUACUGGAUCCUCGUCGGAUUAGGAGGACCUCAUCUCCAAGAAAGAGAACAGUGUUUCAAAUAACUUCAUGAGUCAGUAGGUCACCUAUCUGUGCAAAAGUGUUUCCUGUAUAAAUACCUAAAGUACGCUGUAACCACUGCAUUAUAUAAUUCUUACUAGCAACAAGACCCAUUUUAAUCAGUGUCAAUGUAAAUGAGUCCACAAUGAAGAGCUGUUGUUAUUUCAUCCUACUAUACGGCUCCUCAAAAAGUUCCUUUGAUUUGAAUGGACCAACCCAACAUUCGGAGGUCUGAUAUUUCUUUUAAGUGACCGCUGCAAAAAAUGAAUGACUGCUGUCAUUGGCAACA